GUGAUUGGUUGUCUGAACUCGUUCGGCGAUUGGAUACUUGGAGGCGAGGGGCUGGGAGGCGGGAAUUCGUCGCGGGCUGUGUGGUUCAGCCCUGUGAAAGUUGCGAGGUGGAGCAGCCUGUGUACCCGUCAGCGGCAGCCGCGUACGGAGAGCAGCAGCCUAGAGAGGGAAGGAGAGGAUUAAGGCUAGCGCCCUUUCUUCUGUACUCGGGCUCUACAUUAUUUGCUCUCGGAAACCAGUUUCUUUUUCCCCGUGAGUCAGCGCCCAGGCGGUGUUGCUUCCAGUUUCACCCAGGAAUCUGAAGUAAACAAGAAAGCAGGAUGUCAUCAUUGUGUUCUGAAUACACAAUUGGUGGGGUGAAGAUUAACUUUCCUUGUAAAGCUUACCCAUCACAGCUUGCUAUGAUGAAUUCAAUUGUCAGAGGAUUGAACAGUAGGCAGCAUUGUUUGUUGGAGAGCCCUACUGGAAGUGGAAAAAGCUUAGCCUUACUUUGUUCUGCUUUAGCAUGGCAACAGUCUCUUAGUGGGAAGCCAGUGGAUGAAGGCUUAAAUAAAAAAGCUGAAGUACCAUUGUCAUGUUGUUGUACAUGCCAUUCAAGGAGCUCCACACAUAGUGAUGUGAACCAGGAGACUUCGCAUCACUUUAGCAGUUCCGCUACACCACCAUCUGAAAGGAGUGGCACUUCAUCAGCUUGCCAAGACUCUCCUGCAAAAAACACACUGGCUGCAAAGUUGUCUGCCAAGAAACAGGCAUCCAAACACAGAGAUGAAAAUGAUGAUUUUCAGAUAGAGAAGAAAAGAAUUCGACCCUUAGAAACUGCGCAGCAGAUUAGAAAGCGUCAUUGUUUUGAAAAGGAAGUACCCCAUUUGGAUGCGCAAGAUGCCUUGGAGGACACUCUGAAAUUCAAUUCCCCAUUAGGAAAAAUAAACUCCUUUUCUUCACAAAAUCCCCCUGGCCACUGUUCUAGGUGCUCCUGUUCUACUAAACAAGGAAACAGUCAAGAAUCUUCACAUACCAUUAAGAAGGAUCAUGGGGGGAAAUUCAAGAGGCCCAAAAUAUAUUUUGGGACACGCACACACAAGCAGAUUGCUCAGAUUACUAGAGAGCUCCGGAAGACAGCAUAUUCAGGGGUCCCAAUGACUAUUCUUUCUAGCAGGGAUCAUACUUGUGUCCAUCCUGAAGUAGUUGGUAACUUCAACAGGAAUGAAAAGUGCAUGGAAUUGCUGGAUGGAAAAAAUGGAAAAUCCUGCUAUUUUUAUCAUGGUGUUCAUAAAAUUAGUAACCAACACACAUUCCAGACCAUUGAAGGAAUGUACAAAGCCUGGGAUAUAGAAGAACUUGUCAGUCUGGGGAGAAAACUAAAGGCGUGUCCAUAUUAUACAGCCCGAGAACUGACAGAAGAUGCUGACAUAAUAUUUUGUCCCUACAACUAUCUUCUAGAUGCACAAAUAAGGGAAAGUAUGGAUAUAAAUCUGAAAGAACAGGUUGUCAUUUUAGAUGAAGCUCAUAACAUUGAAGACUGUGCUCGGGAAUCAGCAAGUUAUAGUGUAACAGAAGUUCAGCUUCGAUUUGCUCGAGAUGAGCUAGAUAGUUUGGUCAACAGUAAUAUAAGGAAGAAAGACCAUGAACCUCUACGAGCUGUGUGCUGUAGCCUUAUUAAUUGGUUAGAAGCAAACACUGAACAUCUUGUAGAAAGGGAUUAUGAAUCAUCUUGUAAAAUAUGGAGUGGAAAUGAAAUGCUCUUAAAUUUAUACAAAAUGGGCAUCACUACUGCUACUUUUCCCAUUUUGCAGGGACAUUUAUCUUCUGUUCUUCAAAAAGAAGAAAAAGUCUCACCAAUUUUUGGUAAAGAGGAGACAAUAGAAGUGCCUAUUAUUAGUGCUUCGACUCAAAUAAUGCUCAAAGGACUUUUUAUGGUGCUUGAGUAUCUUUUUAGACAAAAUAGCAGAUUUGCAGAUGAUUAUAAAGUUGCUAUUCAACAGACUUACUCCUGGACACAUCACACUGAUAUUUCAGAUAAAAAUGGGUUCUUUGCUGUACCAAAAAAUAAGAAAAGUUCACGACAGAAAAAUGCAGUUCAUGUGCUAAACUUUUGGUGCUUAAAUCCAGCUGUGGCAUUUUCAGAUAUUAAUGGCAAAGUUCGGACGAUUGUUUUGACAUCUGGCACAUUAUCACCAAUGAAAUCCUUUUCUUCAGAGCUUGGUGUUACAUUUACUAUCCAACUAGAGGCCAAUCAUGUCAUUAAUAAUUCACAGGUUUGGGUUGGUACCAUUGGUUCGGGCCCUAAGGGUCGGAAUCUGUGUGCUACCUUCCAGCAUACUGAAACAUUUGAGUUCCAGGAUGAAGUGGGAGCACUUCUGUUAUCUGUGUGCCAGACUGUGAGCCAAGGAAUUUUAUGUUUUUUGCCGUCUUACAAGUUACUAGAAAAAUUAAAAGAACGCUGGCUCUACACUGGUUUAUGGCAUAAUCUGGAAUUGGUGAAGACAGUCAUUGUAGAACCACAGGGAGGAGAAAAAACUGAUUUUGAUGAAUUACUGCAGGUGUACUAUGAUGCAGUCAAGUACAGGGGAGAGAAAGAUGGAGCUCUUCUUGUAGCAGUUUGUCGUGGUAAAGUGAGUGAGGGUCUGGAUUUCUCAGAUGACAAUGCCCGUGCUGUCAUAACAAUAGGAAUUCCUUUUCCAAAUGUGAAAGAUCUACAGGUUGAACUAAAGCGACAGUACAAUGACCAUCAUUCAAAAUUGAGAGGACUUUUACCUGGCCGCCAAUGGUAUGAAAUUCAAGCAUACAGGGCCUUAAACCAGGCCCUAGGUAGGUGUAUUCGACACAAAAAUGACUGGGGUGCUCUUAUUCUAGUGGAUGAUCGCUUCAGGAAUAACCCAAGUCGCUAUAUAUCUGGACUUUCCAAAUGGAUAAGACAGCAGAUUCAGCACCAUUUAACCUUUGAAAGUGCCUUGGAGUCCUUGGCUGAAUUUUCCAAAAAGCAGCAAAAACUCAUUAAUGUAUCCAAAAAGGACAGAAAAUGUACACAAGAUGACUCUACUCUUGAAGUGGCCUGUUUGGAGAACAGUACCCCUACUUGUUUGUUGGAAGCGGCAAGUCAUCUGUCACCAGAAAAUCCUAGGGAAGAUGAAGCAAAAAUGCAUGUCCAGGAACUACAAUGUCCUAAAAUGAUGACUAAAAAUCUAUCUCCACCUAAUGACAUCAUCUCCAGAAAGGAAAAACAUGAUCCAGGAUCAUUGGAAGAGUCUGUCCAGGCAGUGAAAGCAGAAAAAAAUGUGAUUUCCAGAUCCACAAGGCCAACAUUCAACAAACUAACAAAAAGAAUUAGCUGGUCUGGCUUUAAUUUGAGGGGACCAUAUUUUACUGAUAAAAUACAGACGAAAAUACCUGAGCUCCAGUCAUCAGAGAACUGUGCCUCUAGUACUUCCACUUUUGAAGCCGAAAAAAUAGAAAAUAAAACCAUUUUGCCUCUCACUGUUAAGUCUGAGUCCUCAGAUCUAACAGCAAACACAUCAUUUAGGCCAUCCUCCCAGUCAGAAAGCACUGUGCCAUCAAUAGAGAUUGAUGCUACUCAUACUAAAAAAGAUGACUCAGAACAACUUCUCUGCUGUAAAGAAACCUUGGACCUGGAUAUUGCAUUGUCUCUUGGAAGCAAAGAAGUUAGACAUUCCAGUCCAAAUAGAUCUUUUGAAACAGAGGAGGAGGAAGAAGAUGAGUCUAUCUAUUUUACACCUGAGCUUUAUGAUCCUGAAGAUGCAGAUGAAGAAAAAAGUGAGCUAAUAGAAACUGAUAGACUCAGUAAUGAUUUUUACAUUUUAGCAGAAGACCUUUCUGAAAUUGGAACUAUGAAAGGAGUGGAUUCAGUCAGAGAAAUGAAAACUGAGGAUUUCACAGAUACAAAGUGGAAUAGAAUCAUGCAUACUGAAAAAAAUGAUGACAUUGAUAGUAAUGUAAAAUGUGUAAAAAAGUUGGAGCUGGUAAAAACUCAUGGAAUAGAAGUAACUUUAAGCAGUAAGUGGCUCCUGAUGUUAGGUAAUAAUAACUUAUUGUCAAGUUAUAAAAAUAUGUUGUCAUGCUUUUGUCAAACUAUUGUAAAUAAUUUAUACAUUGGAUAAAUGAUUUUUUAAAAAUCUAAGAUACACUUUUUCAGUGUCAGAUUUUUAAGUAUUUCAUAUUCAAGAAACUAAGUUACUAUUUUCAACUUUUGAUAAAGUGAUUCUUAAAAAUUAUUAUCCUCCAAGUGUUACUUAGCUAAAUGCACUUUAAAAUUAGUCUGAAAGACAGAGUUUCUUAGCACUUCCAAUUUCAUGUAACUUCAUAUUUUAUAGUUUUAUAUUCCUCUUUACCCAUUUGUUUUCAUCCUGAUACAUGAAGAUUAAUAGCAGUUGAGUCUAGUCAUACUUCUUAUUUCACUAUAGAUUUUACAUCAGAUUGAUCUUUUUUUCUGUUUUAAGAAAUCAAAGUUUGUCUUGGAAAGUUUAAUCCCUUAUUAAACUGCCUUAUAAGUAAGAAAAAGUAAGGAAACUCCUGUUUUGUUUUGUUUUGUUUUUCUGCAGUACUGGGGAUUGAACCCAGGGCCUUCACACUGAGCUACAUCUCUAACCCUUUUUUAUUUUGAGAUAAGGUCUUGCUAAGUUGUCCAGGCUGGACCCGAAUUUGAGAUUCUCCUGCCUCAGCUCCCCAGAGUGCUAGGAUUACAGACAUGCACCACCAUGUCUAGCUCAUUUUUAUUUGAAAUUAUUUUGGUUUUUUGUUGAUAAAAUUAAAAUCAAAUGUGUCAUAAAAUUAUGUAAAGUUAUAAAAAGCCAAAUGAAAUAUUCCAGCUGUUCAAUUUUAAUUAUUUAGCUUCACUGUCAUUGUGAGAAAAAGUGAGAUGUGGUCCCCAGCACUAACCCCCCAAAAGUGAUGAACAUAAAGCUUUAAUUAGGUUAUUUUUAAGACAGAAAACUUCAUAUAUAAAUUUAAUAAGCAAACCUGCAUAUAUACCAUUAGCUGAAAUAUAUUCCUUUGGAGAACAAUAAUUGUUUCUGUGACUUGAAUAUGUUUUAAAGAAUGAAACUAUAUCUAAUCAACAAUAGUUAUAAAAGACACUUGUCUCUUCUAAGAAACAUGCUAUUCAGUGGGCAUUUAGACUUCUGGAUGGUUUGAAUGAAGCUUGUGUGUGUGUGUGUGUGUGUGUGUGUGUGGUGCUGGGGAUCAAACCCAGGGGUUCAUGCAUGCUAAGUAGUUGCUCUACCACUGAGCUACAUACAGUAUAUCCCUUCUAGAACUGAACUUUUGUGAGAUGGUCAAAUGGUAGGUAUGGUCUGUUAUUAUGAAGUCAGAAUUCUCAGUAAUCAGAUACUUUAUACAUUCACUUAGAUAAAAGAAAAUAAUUUUUUUUUACUUUUAUUAGUACACGUUUGUAGUAUGUAAUGAUUACAUUCACUGUAGGGGAUUGGUACAUGUGCAUAACCAUUUCAAUUCCCUUCUUCCCUUCCCCCUUUAUUUUUCCAGCAUC